UGGGAGGGGAGUGUCUUUGGAAGACAGAAUAAGUGAAAAAAGAUCUAAAAGCUGUCAGGUUCAUAGUCUUACAGAAUCUCUGACACCUCACAUCAUUGUACCUGGGAAAACGAGGGAUGUCCCACUACAUCACACAGGUUGGCUAUAAUGAUGGAUCGUUUUCAGAAUGAUGAAAAACCUUUAUAUGUCCUUGCCUUUCAUCCCCUACAGACAAUUUAACAAGAUAGUACAGAAGUAGAUCUUCGUCAGAAAACAGAUAGAAACAGACAGAAAGAGGCAGAGCCUGAGGACAUUCUAAAAACCUAUUUAGUAAAACAACUUAAACUUUUAUGGUAGUUCAUAACAGCUCAGUUUUGUGGAUCUUUCUACGGAACUAGUCUUCAGUUUACAGAAGACAACUCACUCGACGAAGUCACAGAGAAUAUUUUCUACUAAUUUCAGCUGAGAUAUCACAAUAAUAGUUGAGAAAAUGCUGCCAAGCUUUGGUAGCCACUUUAGGCAAGCUAGGCUGCCCAUGCUAAUACCAGUCCUACUUCUUCUAAUAGGCCCUCUAGUGGUUAGAGGGCAAAAUGACACCGAGCCCAUCGUUCUUGAGGGUAAAUGCCUGGUGGUCUGUGACUCCACACCCUCUUCAGAGCCAGCAGGGAAUGCGCUGGGUAUGUCAGUGCGUUCAGGUACUGGACGUGUGGCCUUCUCCGCCACUCGCCAAACAAACCAUGAGCCCACAGACAUGAGCAACCGUACCAUGAUCAUUUACUUUGACCAGAUCUUGGUGAAUGUGGGUGGUCAUUUUGACCAAGAAAGCAGUAUCUUCCUCGCUCCAAGGCGAGGGGUGUACAGCUUCAAUUUCCAUGUGGUGAAAGCAUACAACAGACAAACCAUACAGGUGAGUUUGAUGCUGAAUGGAUGGCCAAUGAUCUCAGCAUUUGCUGGAGACCAAGAUGUGACACGGGAGGCAGCCACUAAUGCUGGACUCGUGAUCAUGGAGAGAGGGGACAAGGCUUACCUCAAACUAGAGAGGGGCAACUUGAUGGGAGGCUGGAAGUACUCUACCUUUUCAGGCUUCCUGGUCUUCCCCUUGUAAAGGAUGAUCAUGUGUGGAAAGAGAUGAGCUGGGAGAGGAAAUGGGAAUGGGUCAUAUUCUCUGCACUAUGGAGAAUAGAUUAAAGGGACAGUUCACCCAAAAAUGAAAAUUAUAUACUCAUGUUCCAGACUCAUUCUUUACUUAUGUUCCUCAUAUUCCAGACUCGUAUGACUUUCUUUCUUCCGUGGAACACAAACUGAGAUGUUAGAUAGAAUUGAAGACUUAGUCACCAUUGACUUUAAUUGUAUGAAGAAAAAAUAAUUGUGAAUGAGACUAAAAUACUGUGUAACAUCUUUUGUGUUCCAUGAUAGAAGAAAUUAAGUCAUACGGGUUUGGAACUACAUGAGGGUUAGUAAAUGAUGCAAUGUUGCAUUUUAAUUUUUGGGUGAACCAUCCCUAGUUAGAAGUGCUAGAUGCCAUGAAUGUUUUUCCUGUCUUUUAAUUUUGUCUGAGAGCAAAAAAGCACAGAGAAAUUUAUUAAAAUUAAAUAUUACUUAGAACAAGAUUUGAAAAGAUUAGUAUUUGGAAAUGUCACUAUAAGUUAUAUGUCUGUAUUUUUUGUGUCAUGUAUUUCAGAUAUUAUGCUAAUGAGUAUGGUCAAAUGGAACAUUGUAUUUAUAGGAACAUACAAUUGGACUGCCAUAAUAAUAUAUUUUAAAUUAUGUAUUUCAUUUUCAUGUGAGAUUUCUGUUUUAACUGUCCAUUUUUGCCUGCUUGCUGAAGUUUUUUUUUUUUUUUAAAGAGAAAUCUUAUUAAACAGUAUUCCUUAACUAAGCACAAA